AUGAAAUUUCAUGUCUUUUCAAUUUCCUCUUUGGACGGCAGCUCUUCUCUUCUUCAAAGUGAACACAAAAAUCCACAAGCGACAUUUCAAAAUAAUAAUAACUCUUCAUCAAGUAAUUCGACAAAUAAUACGACAAGCAAUUUCUCCUAUGGAUUAUAUCAAGAAAUUAUUGUCUAUUCCAAUAUUCCCUUUUUUGCCAUAUUUUGUGGAAUGCUUGUUGUGAGUGUGGCAAGUUUUGCAAUUCAAUACAAAACAGUUCGGAGGAAUCAGAAAAUAUUGUUUGGACUGCUGUUUGCAUUGUUGUGUUUUGUGAUAGUGAACAUGCUUACAAGAAUAGGAUCCGAGUUGACUGUGUUAAUUCCUGAUUUAGAUACAGCGAUUAAAACGAAUCAAUAUGUGAAAGCAGUAGAUCGAGUGGUGGUGAUUUUAGUUCUCUACGUUGAAAUGCUUAUUUUGUCUCAUAUUUGUAAAAUACUUUUGGACACAACCAAAGCCAUUAACAAAAUAUCGUUAAUUGUUUACAAGAGAUAUCAAAGAUUUCUAAUUACCUUACUUGUUAUUAUUGCUGCAGUUUUUACUCUUGUGACGGUUUUUGUUUUUAUUUUUGCAGGAAUUUCUUCAUCGAAUAUUGUUCACGAUACAACAACUCUGAAUUACAUUUUAUUGGCCUUACUUGUGUGUGGAGGUCUUACAUUUUUAUUUGCUGCAAUUAUGAUCACCAUCUUAUUGAAUAUUAUUGGAAAAAUUCUGCUCUCUUCCAUGAAUAGCGAAUUGAAAACUGAUGUCACACAAGGUUCUCAUCUCAUCAAAAAGAAUGCUCUUUCCAGAGCCAUCUCUCUCCAAAUCGGAUUAAGCAUUUCCUUACUCUGUCAAGCCUUUGGAUUUGUGUGCAUUCCACUCACCAUCCUCUGGAAGUACAACAUGAUCAUCUUCCACCAUGUCUACAAUAUUGCCUUGUGCAUUUUCAUUGUUUUUAUUUUAUCCAUUUUUAAUCCCUUAAAACAAAUUCAACAAAAAUUCAAACCUGAAAAUGGUUCGAAUCAAAGACGAAGAACCACAUUCGACAAAAUGAUGGAACGAGCUUCUGUCGUCAGUGAUUCGAGUGUGGAUUACUAUUACGAAUAUAACGAUGAAGACUUUGUGGAUGAAGACGAUCACACAUUAGACAAGGAACACUAUGAAUCGAGUUUUUAUAACAUUUCAACCACCCAGAGGAGCAAAAUCCAUCAACCAAUUUCCACCACUACCACCACACGAUUUGGAUCUUCGUUGAGUUUGCGGAUUGACAAUACUCGUUAG